AGUGAAAAACAUAUCAACAUAGUAUCUCGAAUAACAUUGUUAUCAGUUAUUAUCGGUAUCAGUCACAUAGAUAGUCGCUUUUAGUGUACAUUAAGGCCAGUUGAAAUUUUCUAUUGUAAGUAGUGAGGUGCAAUACAAAAUGGCGAGCGCGGUGCCGAAUACGCAGAAAAUGAAAUUCUCAAAGAGUGAAACUGAGUACGACAUGAAGUCGAUAAGAUUCCUUUUGCUGACGAUAACUACCAUGUUUAUUAUAAUCGGUGGCCUGAUGAUUGUCCUCGGCAUCUCCGUGUACUCCCACUACCACAGCUUCAACUUCUUCUACGAGAGCGCCAAGAGUGGACGGUUUCUCACGCCGUCUGUCCUUAGUGUAUUUCUUGGGUUUGUGUUGCUGGUGGUGACAUCCUUCGGCUUCUUCGGCAGUUUGAAGCAGAGCACUUGCAUGGUCAAUCUGUAUGCUCUAAUUCUGAGCGUCAUACUGCUGAUCAAACUAGUGGUAGUCAUCUUAGCGUUCACAAUCGACCAAGACACGAUGAUGAAAUAUAUAUAUUUCCCAGUGGCAGAGUACCCGACUGACCCAGAAAUACAGGUUGAAAUCGACAGUUUACAAACUACGCUAAAUUGCUGUGGUGGCGAUUCCUACUUGGACUACAUUGCGAUGGAGUUUGCUGCUAACCAGUCCACCACCUACAUCAGCACUGAGAUCGGAGGCAGUUUGGUUGUGAUGGAGGUCCCCGAGACAUGCUGCAUCACCGUAGGCCACGUGUGUACUAGGAUGAGGACGGUGGGCUGCAAGGAGGCCCUGGUCAAUGUACUGAUACAGAAUGCCAGCGUGCUGGGCGUUUUGGGCGUCUCUGUCAUGUUUAUUAUGUUACUGGGCAUAAUCUUCGCUCUGCUUUUGGCCCGCUGUAUCAGACGGUUGAAAAGUGAGAGGGCUUUCUUCGCGUGGAAGCUGAAAGAGCAGAUGAUCCUGGCUAGGCAAGAGGAGAGGAGGAAGGCAGAGAUCGAGCGAGAAAACGAUGCCGUGUACAUAGACCAUCCUGAAACAAGUGUCGCUUAAAAUUGAAGAAAGAGUUUCAUACAAUUUUUUUUUUCUAGACUUCUUAUAAAGAGGUUGUAAUCAGCUCGGCUGCUCUGCUUUGCGUUUUAAAAGAAAAUUAUUUUUGGAUUAUUAGAAAGGAUUGAUUCAGAUUGUUAAAAUUAUUUUAAAUUGUGAAUUAAAUUGUGGUUAUAAAAUCAAUUACUUAUCUACCAUAUUUGAGCGUGUGUAUAUAAGGAUUAUUAAUGAUUGCAUUUUUGAGGUGUUUAAUCAUUGUUAAAGAUAUAUUGAGUAGUGGCGAAUGUAAUAUUUCGUUUAUUCUAGAUUUGUGUAAAAUUUGGGUAUUAUCAAAGCAAGCUUCUACUUAGCUUGAUAAGUUUGAAUAGAAAAUACCGUGUAUCAGUUCGUGUAUUUGAUAAGAUACAAAUGAUUUCAGACCUAUUCGACGUAAAUAAGACUACAUAUCUAUAAAAUAUAUUGUUUUCAGACUUUUUAAUCAAUUUAAAAGAAUGUAGGUUAGUAGGCUUUGUUUAAAAUAAUUUAUGUACCUAAGUAUUGAUUUUUCGUUGAUCGAAGGUAAUCCUUCGAUGAAAUCAAUACUUGAACAUUUUUUUCAUAAAAAUGUUUAAACUUGCCUUUAAUAUAAGUAUUAUAUGAACUAAUCAAGUCUGCCUACCCCUCCGGGAAAGAGGCGUGAUUUUAUGUAUGUAUGUAUGUAAUUAAGUCUAAUUAAAAAUAUCGAAUAAAUAAUUAGACUUUAUUAACUCAUUUGCCAAUUGUGUAGGUACUUACAAUAUGGAAAUCUAUAAUUGUAAAUAAUAUGCUAUUAACUAUUUUGAAUAUUUAUAGUAUAAUAUAAUAAUAAUUUUUAAGUAAUAAAGUGUAAGACAAAACAUAGCUUUUUUAUUAGUAGGAUACAAUUUACGAGGUACGGUUAUUUAAUCCCUAAUUCGAAAGUCCCCUAAUUAGCUGCUAUUAUAUGUAGCAGCAAAAUUAAGACCAAAGGUAGUGGAAAAACUAGAUAGAUUAAGUCAGAACAAAUGAAAUACAAAAUAUUAGUAGACAAAUUUAUUCUCAUACUUAGUUGAAUCAUACAAUAAAUACCUUUAUAAAUACUCAUGGUUCCUUGAACCAACAAGAAAAUGAACAAAUUUAUUAGAUAGUAAUGAGUAUAUUCCCUGGUGAAAAUCACAAAUUUGGAGUUGUGGUAUAAUGCAAUAAACUUACUUUAUGCAAUUUGGCACCAAAAUUAAUCAAAUGAACCUUUAAUAAUAAAUUUCUUGACACUACUUAUACAUGUGCAAAUGUGCAUAACAAGACACAUACAGAAACAGUGAAAUCUACACAUAUACAUACAUUUAGUAUUUUACAAAAACUAUUUUUACUUAUGCUACAUUCCAACAAUUUUAAUAAGUAUGUAAAUUGACUUGAUCAUGAUAUGAGUGCAUACAAAAUAAAUUCAAUAUAAAUUAUAAGGAGAGAAGAUAUCCCUUGAAAUAACAAUAGUAUUAUCAAUGUAACUAGUUUAUGGUGCAAAUAGAAUAAAUAUAAAAAAAUUGGUUUGGAAUAUAUCGAAAUCAAAUUUCACAUAGU